AUAUUAAUGGAAGAAUAAAAAAAAAAGGGGUCAAUAUAGAUCUCCAUCGCCCUCAUUGGGGCAGAGUUGCUGUCAUAUUAAUAAUAUUAGCGGAAAAUCUUGAGAUUUCUUUCGCAAAACCUAUAUUUGUUAAGUCAAAACACCCUCGUUACGAAUUUUUCAUCAAGAACACAGGAUCAGAAAAAAAAGAGCAAAUGGAGGGCGAGAUGAGCAACUUCUUCAAGGUAUGGCUCUCAGUCUAUCUUUGUCUAUGUUACUGCUAUGCCACCGCAAAAUUACUUCCCAAAGGUUGCACAAGACUCCUUUGUUUGCUUCCAAUUGUGUGUCUCUUUCUCUACCUUCCUCUCUUUCUCUCCUCCAUACAUCUUGUGGGCGUUACAUCAUUUUUCAUUUCUUGGCUUGCCAACUUCAAGCUCUUCCUCUUGGCUUUUGGUAAAGGACCUUUGUCUUCUGACCCACCAAUCUCUCUUGGUCGCUUUGUUGCUGUUGCUUGCCUUCCCAUCAAGAUCCAACAAAACAACCCACCCCCAAAUUCAUUAGGCAAACACAAAAACACCCAAAAUGAUUCAGUCCCAUCUCUAACCAAUCAAAACAACCAAUUCAAAGAAAACUCCUCUCCAGCAAAAUCACACAAAAAUACCCAAAAUGAAAAUAGCCAACAGCAACACAAAGAAAACCCACCUGCAAAUCACCAAAAUGGUCCCCAAAAAUCAUAUAUUGAUGGCCAAUUCAAACAAAACCCACAUCCAUCUCCACCAAAAUCACAUAUUAAUGGCCAAAACAAAGAAAACCCAAUUCCCCAAAAGCCAAAACAUGGCCGUAGAGUCCCUCUAAAUUAUGUAACAAAGGGUCUGCUAUUUGGCAUUUUGUUGCGUGCCUAUGAUUACAGUGACCAAAUCCAUCCAAAGGCCCUGUUGCUUCUCUAUUCUUUGCACAUGUACUUGCUCCUCGAACUCAUCCUAGCCUUCGUUGCAACCCUGGCUCGAGCCCUCCUAGCCAUCGAGCUGGAGCCUCAGUUCAACGAGCCCUACCUCUCCACCUCACUCCAAGACUUCUGGGGCAGACGAUGGAACCUCAUGGUCACCAGCAUCCUACGACCCACCGUUUACGAGCCCAUCCUCGACAUCUCCCGACGCGUCGUUGAUCGCAAGUGGGCACCGCUGCCCGCAGUGCUCGCAACGUUUGUGGUAUCAGCUUUGAUGCACGAAAUCGUGUUUUAUCACAUGGGGAGGAUGCGGCCCACGUGGGGGGUCACGUGCUUUUUUCUACUGCAUGGGAUAUGUUUGACGGUUGAGAUUGCUUUGAAGAAGGCAUGGUCGGCCGGCAGGUGGCGGUUGCCGAGGUUGGUCUCUGGAUUGUUGACCGUUGGAUUCGUGAUGGGGACCUGCUUUUGGUUGUUUCUUCCGCAGUUCUUUCGGUUUGGGGCUCAUGUCAAAGCGUUUGAGGAGUAUGCUGCAUUAGGUGAACUUUUCAGGGAUCUCAUUAGCCCAUUUGUCUCUCGGGUUGGGUAGGCUUAGCAGGCUAACGGGACCCGACUGAAAUAGAUGACAGUUUGACACUUGCCAUUCUUACACACAUAUUUG